GCAGUACUGAUGCUGCUAUUACUACUACACUUCCGACAUCUUAGAUCUCUCUCCCAAUUACGGCGAAUAACCCUCACGACGACCUACAAUUCUUCUGCCCACCUACACAAAACCUCUCACACAAACAUGCGUGUCCCGUACGCACCCAAGGAACCCCAAAACCCGGAGGAUGCACCUAUAUACGAACGCAUCGCCGCUCGACGUGCACCCCGUCCCCUGAUCCCUCUCGACCUCGCACUCCUGCACAAUCCCGCCGUGGCCGACGGAUGGAACUCAUUCAUCGGCGCCAUCCGGACGAAGAACAGCGUCCCAGAGUCUCUCAAAGAGCUUGCCAUCUCGCGUGUGGCCGUACACAACCAUGCGGUGCAUGAAUGGAAUAUCCACGGGGCUUUGGCACUGAAGGGCGGAAUAAGUAAAGAAGGACUUGAGACCGUUCUCUCGGCGCCUUUGGUCAAGAGAGGGGAUGAGGUCACGAAAGGCAGAGGCGGCGGGUUAAGUGAUGAGGAAUGGGCUGUUCUUGCUUAUACGGAUCAGAUGACGGUGGGCGUUCAAGUUGAUGAGGCGGUUUCACAAGGUGUUAAAGAUAUUCUGAGCGACAAGCAGGUGGUAGAGUUGACAGCUACCAUUGCGGCGUACAACUGUGUUAGCAGAUUCCUAGUUGCACUGGAUGUGGGGGAGAAUAAUGGACAUGAAAUGUUGCCUGUCAAAGAUUUGUGAAGAUUAAGAAUUCAUCACGCAAUUUUCUCUCUUUUCAAAUCCUUAUGUCAUUCCUGAUCUUAAUCUUUGGUGGUUUCUGUUUCUUUUGGAUACUAGCGGAACUCCAGCUUUUACCAUUGCUUUGUUGAUGUCACCAGAGCUGGAACGGGAAGCUCCUUCCCCAUCCGUGCUCGAAUCAACCGACACUACCCAC